AUGCCCUCUACAAAAUCCACCAAAAUAUUUCCAAUCACAACUUUCAUUUCAGACCUACCGGCCAACCUUCUUCCGCAGUCCCCUUUAUCAUCUUCCGAAAAUGGCCCUGUCAAUGGACGCUUGGUCAUUGUAGGUGAUGUGCACGGGAUGAGAAAGUCUCUUGAGGCACUCCUAGAAAAGGUCGGCUUUAACAAGCACACAGGAGAUCACCUCAUACUAGUUGGCGACCUAGUCAAUAAAGGGCCUGAUAGCCCUGGCGUUGUCGAUCUUGCUAUCAAAUUAGGCGCUAGUGCAGUGAGAGGCAACCAUGAAAAUGCAGUUCUUAAUGCAGCCACGGAGAUCAAAGCCAUAGGAGAUAGACCACCAUGUUCUAGAGACUUGACUGGCAGUUCAGCCGUACCUGAGAGCCCCGAAGCCGACUUGCCCGGGGAUACUGUUCGAGAUUGCGAGAUUCCCAAAAAAUGCGCAUCCCCUACAACGCGCGCUACGGCAUUAGCGCUUUCAGAGCACCAGAUCGUCUGGCUUGCUGCUUUGCCUUUGAUCUUGCGUGUUAAGCUGCCUCAAGACAUAACAUCCACCCUUGGUGACACUCUAAUUGUCGUACAUGCGGGCCUCGCUCCUAGUAUCCCACUUGAAGACCAGAAUCCUUAUGAUUUGAUACAUAUGCGGAGUCUUGUCCGCACAUUGGGCGAUGAGGAAGGAUUCAAACCGACUGAAAGUCCCGGGGAAGAAAGCUGGGUUAAAAAAUGGGACCAGUGGCAAGAUAAGCUACCAUCCAAGACUACUGUGAUAUUCGGGCACGAUGCAAAGCGUCGUUUGCAGCGAAGCAGGUAUGCAAUUGGACUGGAUUCUGGGUGUUUAUAUGGCAAUCAAUUGAGUGCGGUUGUGAUUGGGGCUUCCGAUGGGGAGAUUGAGCAUCGGAUUGUUCAAGUCGAAUGUGCUGACGUCCCUGUGGCCCCAACUUCAUCUACGAAACAAGACAACGAGCCAGUGGUUGUAUAA